GCUUGUUCUGAAGCGCCGCUUUGCUGACGGAGAUUGCAGAACAGAUGUGUGUUUCUCGCUUCAAUAAACUGAUCCCGCAACCCUGACGUGCAUGGGACGCAGACGAUUGAGAACGCGAACGUGUACAUAAUUGAAGAAAAGUCUUCGGUGAUGGUCGUUGAACCCUAGACGGCCUCACCCUAACUAUCCUCCUCCAUCCUCACCAUGGACCCCCCGUCCAAGAAGCCCGGCGUGUUGUCCAACCUGCGGCUACGCGCCCGACCUCUCCUGUCCAGCAUGCGCCGGCGCCGGAAGAGUCCCACCGAGCCAGGGGUGCAUACAGAGAAUGUCCUCGACAACAAGAUGAGUGCCUCCGCCCCAGACAUGAGACACGUGAAGAGGGAGACCUUCCAUGUCGCGCCCGCCUCCCCCCUGCCUCCGAGGGACCAGCAGUCCUACAGCAACCCCACAACGCCGUCCAGCAGCGCCGCGGGAGACCGGCGCCAGGGAGCUGCUGCUAACUCUGUGGCGCCUGUCGGCAUGGCGGCUCCGAACCAGCUGAGCGUCUCGGGGGACCAGAUGGGCUGGACAUCCCAGGAGUCGGUGGUUAGUGGACGCAGCGCUGGCUCCUACAGGGGCGUCAACGUUGGUCCUCUGGAAAUGGACUUAUCGGCGGAGAGCCUGGCGCUGAUUCAGCCUGCUGGUUGUUGUCCCGGAGGAGAAGCUGGGGUGACAGGAACCGUGGACAUGGAACAUACGGAGUUCUGUACUGACUCCACUCCUGGCCCGCGCAGGAGAAACUCCAGUGAUAACAGUGCCUCCAGUUCGUAUGGGAGAAACUCUGGGGAUCGUGAUCCUCCUGCUCUGUGCAGGAGGCAGUCUGAUGAAGCAGCUGCUAGCCCCGCUGCCAUGUACAUCGGAGAUGUUCCAUCGGUGCAGGUGUCAGAAGACAUGACUCAGAACGGGAACAUCCAUGACCUGGAAAAUCGGACACCUCAGAACAUGGAGAACAUCAGCUUUGAGGCGGUCAGUUCUGGUGACCUGCUGAGUGUGUCAGACGGGCCCAGAGUGACCCAGAGGUCCUACCUGCUCAACAUCAAACUAAAGGAAGGACGUAGCCUCGUCAUCAGAGAUCGAUGUGGUACCAGUGAUCCCUAUGUAAAGUUUAAGCUGGACGGGAAAACAAUCUACAAAAGCAAGGUGGUUUAUAAGAACCUCAACCCUACCUGGAAUGAGUCUUUCUCUGUCCCUAUCAGAGACCUGGCCCAGAGACUGUACAUUAAGGUGUAUGACCGGGAUCUUACCAUGGACGACUUUAUGGGAUCCAGCUAUGUUCUCCUCAGCGACCUGGAACUGGAGAAGACAUGUCAGCUGUCCCUGCGUCUAGACGACCCCAAUAGUCUGGAGGAUGACAUGGGAGUCAUCAUGCUGGACAUGUGCCUCUCUCCAAGAGACGGAGACAAACCGAGGAACUCUAGGUGGUCUGUGAGGAAGAGAAGUAUCAGGUCUCCGGUGACCCAGAGUGGUCGUCUGUCAGAGGCUCUGAGGAAAUCUCAGCUGUGGUCUGGGGUGGUGGGAGUGACUCUGGUGGAGGGCCAGGACCUCCCGGAGGACGGAGCUGGGGAGCUGUUCGUACGCUUCAGACUCGGGGACCAGAGAUACAAGAGCAGGAACCAGCCCAGAAAGGCAAACCCCCAGUGGAGAGAAAGGUUUGACUUCAACCAGUUCCCCAAUGGUCCUGGGGUUCUGGAGGUGGAGGUGUGGAACAAGGAAGGACGGAAAUAUGAGGAGUGCUACGGCAGGUGUGAGGUGGACCUGUCCAGGGUUCCAGCCAAUCAGUCCCAGCUGUUCAAUAGCCCUCUGGACCAGGGCAAAGGUCAAGUGGUCUUCCUGGUCACAGUGAGCGCAUGCAGUGGCGUCUCCAUCUCCGACUUGUGUGCCCCGCCCCUUGAGGAGCCUGAGGAGCGAAAGACCACUCUCGAGAGAUAUAGUUUGAAGAGGUCCUUCAAGAACCUCAGAGAUGUGGGUUUCCUUCAAGUCAAGGUUAUAAAGGCUAAUGAUCUGUUGGCAGCAGAUUUAAAUGGAAAGAGUGAUCCUUUCUGUGUGUUGGAGUUGGGGAAUGACAGGCUACAGACUCACACUCUCUAUAAGACCCUGAACCCCGACUGGAACAAAGUCUUCACCUUCCCAGUCAAAGACAUCCAUGAUGUUCUGGAGCUCACCAUCUUUGAUGAGGACGGGGACAAAGCUCCUGACUUCCUGGGCAAGGUGGCCAUUCCUCUACUAUCGAUUCAUAAUGGCCAACAGAUCUGCUGUCCACUGAAGAAGGAGGACCUGGGCGGUCUUUCUAAAGGGAGCAUCUCCCUGGAGAUGGAGCUCAUAUUUAACCCAGUCAGAGCUGGUGUCAAAACAUUUAAACCAAAGGAGAAGAAAUUCAUUGAAGACAACCCAAAGUUUUCUAAAAAGAUCCUGUCACGCAACGUCCACCGUGUGCGCAACCUGUGCCGAGCGGUUCAGUCUGCCUUACAGUACAUUAAGACCUGCUUCCAGUGGCAGAGCUUUCAGAGGAGUCUUACCGCCUUCCUGGUCUUCCUACUGGCAGUAUGGCAUUGGGAGUUCUACAUGUUGCCUCUCUGUCUGGUUCUGCUCAUCACGUGGAACUAUGUGCAGAUUGCGUCUGGACGGGCCAACCAGGACCUUGACAAUAUGUACCUGGGUGAUGAAGACGAUGACGAUGAAAAGGACUCCGAGAAGAGAGGUUUGAUGGAGAAGAUUCACAUGGUUCAAGAGACUGUUGUCACUGUCCAAAACCUGUUGGAGGAGAUUGCAUGCUUUGGGGAGAGAAUUAAGAACACCUUUAACUGGUCAGUACCAUUCCUCUCCAACCUAGCCUUCCUGCUUCUGCUGACAGCAACAGUUAUCACAUACUUCAUUCCUAUGCGAUAUAUUGUUCUAAUAUGGGGAAUUAAUAAAUUUACCAAGAAGUUACGGGACCCCUAUGCCAUCGACAACAAUGAGAUGCUUGAUUUCCUGAGGAGAGUCCCGUCAGAUGUUCAGAAGGUGCAGUACAGAGAGCUGAAAACGACAGGCGCCCAGAGUCCACUGAGGAGGAAGAGAACUGUUUAGUGGUGAUGGAAGAGGAUGUGAUGGAGGAGGGAUCUAGGGACCUUGGAGGAAGAGGAAGUGAUGAAGGUGGAGUUGAUGGAGGAGGGCUCUUGGGACCCUGGUGGAAGAGGAAGUGAUGAAGGUGUAGGUGAUGGAGGAAGGAUCUAGGGGCCCUGGUGGAAGACAAAUUCAUGUUUUCUCCUCAGAUCCAUUUGCCCUGUCUUUGCAUAUAGCUCAGGAUGUGCUGAUUAGUUAUUGGCCCUCUGUCGUCAGGGUAGUGGGUUUAAUUCCCAGGACCACCCAUACGUUAAAAAACCAAGCACACAUGACUAAGUCACUUUGGAUGAAAACCAUUCUGCUGAAGUUGCAUAUAUUAUAUGUUUCUUAAAUACAUAUAUUAUAAGUUUCAAAUCAUGGAUUUUGUAAUCGCAGCUGAAGGCCUGGUCACAGGAAUCUGGAUUGAAUGCACUACUUUCCUGUUAGGCUACAUAAAGACUUCGGACAUAAAGAUGGCCUCAACACUUCGGACAUUAAGAUGGCCUCAACACUGUGGACAUUAAGAUGGCCUCAACACUGUGGACAUUAAGAUGGCCUCAACACUGUGGAGAUUAAGAUGGCCUCAACACUGUGGAGAUUAAAAUGGCCUCAACACUGUGGAGAUUAAAAUGGCCUCAACACUGUGGACAUUAAGAUGGCCUCAACACUGUGGAGAUUAAAAUGGCCUCAACACUGUGGAGAUUAAAAUGGCCUCAACACUGUGGACAUUAAGAUGGCCUCAACACUGUGGAGAUUAAAAUGGCCUCAACACUGUGGACAUUAAGAUGGCCUCAACACUUCGGACAUUAAGAUGGCCUCAACAUUGUGGACAUUAAGACGGACUCAACACUUCGGACAUUAAGAUGGCCUAAACACUGUGGACAUUAAGAUGGCCUCAACACUUCGGACAUUAAGAUGGCCUCAACAUUGUGGACAUUAAGAUGGCCUCAACAUUGUGGACAUUAAGACGGACUCAACACUUCGGACAUUAAGGUGGACUUUUUGGAAUUUGCUUUUUUUGUUUAUUGAAAGAAAUAUUUUAAUCAAAAAUGGCUUUAUCUGGAUUUUGUAACAAAAUGUCUAUCAUUUUUUGUUAUCUUAUUUAGGUUUUUAAAGACCCUUGCUUUUUCAUUUUAUUUGAAAAUCACCACUGUAUGUCUAAUACAAUGCUGUUUUUUUAUUUAAUGAUAAUGGUUUGCCCUUGAAUAGCUUAGUCUUAUCAGGUGGACCUUAGAAAACAAAUGACAAGAUAUUUACAUAUACACGCCUGAUUGGCUAAAAGAAUGGUCAAGAGCCCACCCCCUUAUCAAGAUGAACAGUCAUUGGUCUUUAUAUCUCACCUAAACAGGUAAAAAUUCUGUUAUUGUUAUUCAAACAACUUUUGCACAUUAACUUUCUGAUUUUUUUUUUUUAAUCAUGAAUCCCUAAGAGAUUCAAAUCUAUUUUGAGAGAUGAUGACUAUAAAUAUAUAUUUUUUGCUCCUGGAUGUGCAGAACCCUCCGUCCUCAUCUCAUAUGCACAAUUACUAGUAUCUUGUAACAAUUUUUUUUUCUGCACCUCAACUCCUCUAAUAUCUUUAUUCCUGUCAGGGUUGCCAAGUCCAGCAGAAACGUCUAGUUGAAUGAUGACAACGGAAAACCUAUUCACAAGGCUUGAAGACUGUCCCUAAAAAAAAAUUUCACACAGGAUUUUUUUCUUUUAUGUGCGUCUGUGCUGUUCUCACUCAGUCAGCCCCCCAGCGCCCAGUCAGGACCCCCCGAUUAAUAGUUCUCAGCAGCAGGUCACAGGAAGGAUUUGGCCCAAAAGCCACCCCCUUGGACUUCAUCAUCUGCCUAAUUUCUUGCCAAUUUCACAAGUUGAAGACAUGGCAACCCUGAUUGCCAACAUACACUCACCUAAAGGAUUAUUAGGAACACCAUACUAAUACUGUGUUUGACCCCCUUUCGCCUUCAGAACU